UGUUUUGAUGAGACUGUCUUGAGCGCAAAGAAUCAUGCCGUCUGGAGUUGAAUCUGGAUCCAAGCCAUCAAGCAUCUGAUCAGAUUUACCACCACGAGCAUUCGUCCCAGGGUAUCCAUUCAAUCCGAGGCUCUGAGUUCAUCCAUCCCCGGAUCCUACCCAAUCUCCAUCGUGUGCCGUUAGAUCCCAAAAUCAAAAGCUAUCCAUCCGUUCAUUGACGGAAUUCGCCUCCGUCUCUUUUUUAUGCCUGGAUUGGAGUCGUAAGAUGGAGCCCUCUUGGGACGACCCCCAAGGACAAGAGGAAUCGCGUGGCUGGCCCUUGGAAUCGAAUAAGGAGCACGGAUCAGAUGCCGGGAGUAGUGGGCGGGGACAGAGGACCCGCGGUCGCGGCUCUCGAGGCCGAGGCGAUGGGCCGAUGGGCGGAGUCGGUCGAAAUAUAACCAAGGAUACCAUGGAAGUCAAGUCGAGAGAUGUGGGGAAAUUGAUUGGAUCCCGCGGAUGUCAAAUCCAGGAAUUCCGCCGAGUGAGCGGAGCGCGCAUUCAAGUGGGUGAGGAGAGUGAUGAUCGGCUACUCCCAUUCACGUGCGUGAUGCUCUCGGGUGAGCCCGCCCAAAUUGAAAAGGCUCGACAACUCAUCGAAGACCAUUUGGGCUAUCACAAGUUUGACGCUGUUCCUGAUCCGGAGAUGUUGGCCCAGGAGAGCGAAACCAUUGAUUGGACUCAAUUGGUCAAGGAUCAUGAAGAAAUGCAAAAGCAACGUUGGGCCCAAUUGCCCCCAUUGAUCAAGAACUUCUACACGGAGCACCCCGAAGUCGCGGCCAUGAGCGAUGUUGAAGUCGAACAAUUCCGUUUGGAGAAUAACAACAUUGUGGUGUCCAAUUUUGACGAGGCCAGUCCAACGCCCCUCAUGAAGCCCUGCUCGCGUUUUGAACACGCCUUCCACCGAUUCCCGGAUAUCCUGGCCACCAUUGCGGCUCAGAAAUUUCCCCGUCCCUCGCCGAUUCAGGCCCAAGGAUGGCCGUACUUGCUCUCCGGGCAAGAUUUGAUCGGCAUCGCGCAAACUGGAACGGGCAAGACCUUGGCUUUCCUCAUGCCAUGCUUCAUUCACAUUGACAAUCAACCCACGCCUCGCCAUGCUCGGGGAGGUCCCAAUGUCUUGGUGUUGUCACCUACCCGUGAAUUGGCCCUACAGAUUGCUAGUGAGGUGAAAAAGUACGAGUAUCAUGGUAUUAAGUCGGUCUGCAUUUAUGGCGGAGGCGACCGACGACAACAAAUGAAAACUGUGACCGCGGGCGUGGAAAUCAUCAUUGCCACGCCCGGUCGCUUGAACGACUUGGUGGAGGCGGAAAUUAUCAAUGUGGAAUCCAUCACGUACCUGGUCCUAGAUGAGGCUGAUCGCAUGCUUGACAUGGGGUUUGAGCCUCAAAUUCGCAAGAUACUGCUGGACAUUCGUCCUGAUCGACAGACUGUGAUGACCAGCGCCACUUGGCCCCCGGGUGUGCGCCGUCUGGCCAAUACUUACAUGACUGACCCGGUGACUGUCUUCAUUGGCUCCUUGGAUCUGGCCGCCGUCCACUCCGUCACACAACACGUGCUUUUCGCCGAAGGGGAUGAGGAGAAACGCCGUUAUUUAAUGGACUUUUUUGAACAACUCGAGAGUGAUGACAAGGUCAUUGUGUUUGUGGGAAAGAAAGCCCGAGCCGACGACAUUGCCUCGGAUUUGAGCUUGCAAAAUGUCGUGUGUCAGAGCAUUCACGGUGACCGUGAGCAAUCGGAUCGCGAACAAGCCUUGCUUGAUUUGAAGACCGGUGAGGUGAAGAUUCUCAUUGCUACGGAUGUAGCGUCAAGAGGCAUUGACAUUGAAGAUAUCACCUAUGUCUUUAACUACGACUUUCCGCGGAACAUUGAAGAAUAUGUCCAUCGAGUAGGUCGGACGGGACGGGCGGGCAAAACCGGGACCGCCAUCUCCGUCAUGUGCCGCUCCGAUUGGGGAGCUGCCCAUGACUUAAUCAAGAUCCUUCAUGAAGCCGGCCAAGAGAUUCCCAACGAACUCACCAACAUGGCCGAAAGGUUCAAGAAAAUGAAAGAUCGCCAAAUGGAGGAGCGUGGGGCCGGAGGUGGUCGAGGCUACGGUGGAGGGGGAAACGGUCGAGGAGGAGGGAGUGGUUGUUUCCGUUGUGGAGAGGAAGGCCAUUUCUCUCGAGAUUGUCCAAGUGGAGGUGGACGUGGAAGAGGAGGCGGUGGUGGGCGUGGAAGGGGAGGAGGACGUCCUCGUUGGCAUGCAGAUCAAACCGAAACGAAGCAACUUCUUAGGAAUCACCUGGACCUAUUUCCCAUGGCCCUCGCAUGUUCUAAAAGCUGUUUACCGAAAAUUUGGGCCCAGACCAUCCAUACUCAGUCCCGAGGAUUUGAGCUCUAGAACAUUCAAGCUCUCCUUAGCAUAUGCGUUAGGGUGCAUGACAUUUUUUGGUUACAUUAUGUACCAGAUAAAAACUGCCCCACGAUCCAAAACCGACAACACGAAACCCAGAGAUCAGUUGAUGAAUGACGCCGUAUUUUACGGUUCUCUUACCCACGAACCUAAAAGUAACGCCAAGGUAUUCUUAAUGAAAGGAAUGAAAAAACUUGAAGAAAUCGACAUUACUCAUCAAGUCAAUCAGAAUGUUUAUGAGCGUAAGAAAGCCCUCCGAGAUCAGAGAAUGGCCGAAACCAACAAUUCGAAAUCCGAUUCGUGAAUGUUAUUGUCGCUCUGAAGCGAAGAAGUGAACCUGUCCUUAAGAACGUAGCCAUUAGUAAAUAAAAAAAAAUGCUAUCGUGCCACAAGUU